UGCCGGGUGCUCGCCAACGACCUCAACCCCCACGCCCACCGCUGGCUCCUGCACAACUGCAGGCUGAACAGAGUGCACGGCCACCUCACGGCCUUCAACAUGGACGCCAGGGACUUCCUCCGGGGGCCUGUCAGGGAGGAACUAACCAAAGAGCUCCCGCUCCUGAAAGAUCAGAAAACCUCUUUUCACAUCGUCAUGAAUUUGCCAGCCUUGGCUAUUGAGUUUCUGGGAGUGUUCAGGCACCUUGUGGCUGGGGGGGCCUGCAGGCCUGCUGCUCUCCCCACAGUGCACUGCUACGCCUUCUCCAAAUGUGACAACCCCAACAGAGACGUUCAGGAGCGAGCUGAGGCUUCGCUGGGAGCCUCCUUGGAUGGCCGCUGCUCUACCCACCUGGUUAGAAACGUCGCACCCAACAAGGAGAUGCUCUGCAUUAGUUUCCAGGUGCCGGCGGAGGUGCUGUACAAGAGGCCUCACCCUGAUGAGGCAAAACCAGCCUCUAAACGUCUGUGUACCAGCCAAGAUCUUUCAGAAGAAAAAUUACUGAGCUGA